AUGGAUCCAUGCGAUGAGGCUAUCCCUUUGACCUAUCACCAAUGUAUCAAAUUUCCUGGAAACGAAGGACGAAUCAUCACCCUUCGGGGCGACCAAGCAGCUGCUCGAGAUCUCCUCGUCGCCGAGGUAAAAAACCGGAAGGCGACUUCCCACGUUAACUCAGUCGCCAAACCAAUCCAGAAGGUCUAUCAUAUCAAGGAAGAGAUUCUCGAGGUAGCCAUCGACGACAGCGACCAAGCCAAGACCAUCCGAGUCUGCGCCCACCUUCCCGAUGACACGAAAGACAAGAUCAUUUUAUUUCUGAGGGAUAACGUCUCUACGCGCAAGCUCGGCCCCGAACGAUCGAAGGCCGUCAAUGAAGAGGUCGACCGAUGGCUAAACACAGGCUCCAUCACGGAAGUGAAAUAUCUCGAAUGGCUGGCAAACCCAGUCGUCGUAAAGAAGAAGAAUGGCAAAUGGAGGGUCUGUGUCGACUUCACAGACCUCAACAAAGCAUGUCCUAAAGACAGCUUCCCCCUCCCUCACAUCGAUCGACUUGUCGAAUCAACAGCAGGCAACGAGCUGCUGACAUUUAUGGAUGCCUUCUCUGGUUACAACCAAAUAAUGAUGCAUCCAAACGAUCGAGAGAAAACAGCUUUCAUCACCGACCGCGGGAUAUACUGCUACAAAGUAAUGCCCUUCGGUCUCAAGAACGCCGGCGCGACAUACCAACGACUCGUCAACAAAAUGUUCGCCGAGCGAUUGGGAGCCACAAUGGAAGUAUACAUUGACGACAUGUUGGUGAAGUCCCAAAAGGUAGCCGAUCAUAUCGACCACCUCAAAGACUGUUUCUUCAUCUUGAACAAGUACGACAUGAAGCUCAAUCCAACGAAAUGCACUUUCGGCGUAAUGUCCGGCGAAUUCCUUGGAUACAGAGUCACUCAAAGGGGGAUCCAGGCGAACCCAAAGAAAAUAACUGCCAUCCUCGACCUUCCUAGUCCCAAAAAUAGUCACGAGGUGCAACGGUUGACCGGUAGAAUCGCCGCCCUCAAUCGAUUUAUAUCACGAUCGACCGAUAAGUGCCUCCCCUUUUAUGAUCUGCUGCACGGCAACAAGAAAUUCAUUUGGAACGAACGAUACGAGGAACCAUUCGAACAACUCAAACGCUAUCUUACAAUGCCACCAGUGUUGGCUAAGCCAGACAAAGGCGAUACAUUAUACCUUUACGUUGCAGUCUCCGACGCAGCUGUGAGUAGUGUGCUCGUCAAAGACGAACGAGGCGACCAGCGUCCGAUAUUCUAUACCAGCCAACGCAUGACCGACGCAGAAACACGGUAUUCGACCCUCGAAAAGAUGGCAUUGGCAGUUAUGACUAAGUGGGCCAUCGAACUCAGCGAGUACGACGUCAUGUUUCAGAGUAAACCAGCUGCAAAAUCCCAAGUGCUGGCCGAUUUUCUCAUUGAGCUAACUCCAGAACUCGAGCAAGAUUUACAACUACCCAACGCUACCUGGAUUGUGCACGUCAAUGGAUCAUCUUCCAACAAAGGUUCCGGGAUUGGCAUCCACCUCCAAUCCCCCACCGGCGAAUUGCUCCAACAAUCCUUCCGGCUAGGUUUCAAAGCGUCCAACAAUGAAGCGGAGUACGAGUCCCUCAUUGCUGGACUACGCCUUGUGCAAGCAGUCCAAGCAAAGCAUAUCCACGCUUACUACGACUCUCAAUUGGUCGCUAACCAGUUUAGCGGGGACUACGACACUAAGAACGAGCGAAUGGAUGCCUACCUUAAAGUCGUGCAAGACCUCGCCAAAAAUUUUGAGUCCUUCCAGCUUACAAAGAUUCCCCGCAGCGAAAACUUUGGCGCGGACGCUCUAGCGGCGCUCAAGAGCAGUCCGAAAGAUCAAGUAAAGCGGACCAUUCCGAUCCAGCAGAUUGACAAACCAAGCAUCACUCUUUCACACGAUGAGAUCAACCAAGUAGUAGCGAUCGACGCAACAAACGCAAUGGAUACAAGUGAAAUGAGCGAUCGAUUCGACGAUAGACCGCCCGACUGGCGAACCACUUUUAUCCAAUUUCUCUCAAACGAAUCACUCCCGCAAAACAAAUGGCAAGCUCGUCGAUUGAAAACCAAAAGUGCAAACUACGUUCUCAUCGAUGGCAGACUACAUCGUUGGACCAAUGCAAAGAUUCUAUUGAAAUGCCUUGGAAUAGAAGAAGCAUUGCUCGCCAUGGCAGAAACUCAUGAAGGAGCAGCAGGGAACCAUUCAGGCGGUCGGGCGCUAGUUCCCAAAGUGAACAGCCUCGGUUUCUACUGGCCGACCAUGAUCGCUGAUUACGAGGCAUACGCAAGCAAAUGCGAUAAGUGCCAGCGGCACGCUUCAAACAUACACAACCCGACCAAAAUUCUAAGAACUAUGACGGCUCAAUACCCAUUCAUGCGCUGGGCGAUGGAUAUCAUUGGACCAAUGCCAAGUUCCAGACAACGCUAA